AUGAAAUCCCUCCUCCCACUCUCUUGUCUUCUACUCGCAGCCACCCUAUCAAUCGGCGGCAGGCAGGGGUAUGACAACGGAUGGCUGCCGCUCAAGAACUUAGAUGAUGAGCACGUGCGAGCCAUAGCGUUAUUCGCCGUGACUGAACAGAACAGAAACUCACCCGGUCCCAUUCUCAUGAUGGAGAACGUGGGUUCCGGCGAAACCCAGUGGGUGUACGGCGAUGCUGGCGUGGUAUACCGUCUCGUCCUCGUGGCCUACUUCGUUGGUUUGGAAUCUUAUUCGGAGGAUUUCGAGGUCACUGUGUGGGACAAGGGCUGCGAUAAUUUUCAGCUCAUGUCGUUCAGCAGGCUCCAAGAUUAG